AUGGCAGCUGCCUACGGCAACCCCCCUCAACCCGCUGCGGGCAGCGUCCAAGACACGAUCCAGCAGGCGACUGGUACUUCAUUCGGCGGCGAAAGCAGCAGCGACUACGGCGACGACUUUUUGGACAUCCAUGACCACCACCCCCAGCUGCAGUUGCGCGAGAUUGAUGACGAGUGCGAGGAUGAGCUUACAAAAUCGAGACUGACCCAAUACCUGCCUGAACCAGGUUACUUCCUUGCCGGUGCUCUCGCAGGCGGGAUCUCGCGCACGGCGACAGCUCCCCUCGAUCGCCUCAAGGUCUACCUGCUCGUCAACACCAAGACAAAGGCCGGCGUCGCUGCUGAUGUCGCCAAGCAAGGCCAGCCACUGGCUGCUGUCCGCACGGCUGGCAAGCCAAUUGGCGAUGCUAUCCAUGCCCUGUGGAAGGCUGGCGGGUUUCGCACCUUUUUCGCAGGCAAUGGGCUGAACGUGAUCAAAAUCAUGCCCGAAACUGCUAUCAAGUUCGGCUCGUACGAAGCUGCGAAGCGCACUCUUGCCACACUCGAAGGUCACGAUGAUCCAACCAGGAUCAACCCCUACUCGAAGUUUGCUGCCGGCGGUGUGGCAGGCAUGACUGCACAGUUCUGCGUCUACCCACUGGACACCCUCAAGUUCCGUCUGCAAUGCGAGACUGUCGAAGGUGGUCUGACUGGCAACGCGCUACUCGUGCAGACCGCCAAGAAGAUGGUCGCCGAGGGAGGCUUCCGGACUGCGUACCGAGGUAUCACCAUGGGCCUGGUCGGCAUGUUCCCUUACAGCGCAAUCGACAUGGGCACAUUUGAGUUCUUGAAGAAGACCUUCACGCGAUACAAGGCCCGCUACACUGGGCUCCACGAGGAGGAUGCGGCGCCUGGGAACGUCGUGACUGGUAUUAUCGGUGCGACUUCAGGUGCCUUUGGUGCCACCGUGGUCUACCCUCUGAACGUCCUUCGCACGCGGCUCCAGACCCAGGGCACGGUUAUGCACCCGCCGACCUACACCGGCAUCUGGGACGUGGCGCGAAAGACGUACAGAAAUGAGGGCCUCCGAGGCAUGUACAAGGGACUAACGCCGAAUCUGCUCAAGGUCGCGCCAGCUCUCAGCAUCACGUGGAUUGUCUACGAGAACUCGAAGGCUUUCCUCGGCCUCCACUGA